UUGUUGAUUUUCCAUGAAUCGAUAUUGAUAUACGCUUAAUUUAUUAUUUUUUUGGUGAAAUAUAAUUACACCGACUAAUUGUAAUGAUUUAAAAGAACCGAUACUUAUAUACGUGAUACUUGGAUCUUAUUAGAUCUGAUAUCAUAUGUUCAACUCGAUAAGGAAAAAACAAUACUGACCGUUUAAAUUUGUUUUGGUCAUCUUUAGUUUUGAUCAACUGGUGUAUUACUUGGACCACCUGAAGUUUAUUCAAUUAUUCAGAUAAAUGUCUUUUCAAGGGCCAAACCCUCGUCAAGCUGUGGACCGUAUUAGAGCAUUGGAGGAUGUCCAGAAGAAGCAACAGUUGCUGAAACAAAGCCAAUUAGUAGGUCAAGCCUCAGUCACCAAUAAUCCCGGAACUAAUCAGGCUUUCAUAGAUACCAACUAUAGUAUCAAUAUGACCAAUAACAACAUGAGCUUAGGAAGCAAUAAUAGCAAUCAACGAGAAAGGAGUGCUUAUCAUGCCCAUCAAAAUACUUUUGGCUAUUUUAUAACUCAGGAUUCUGCUUUUGGUAAUUUAAUUCUGCCUGUUUUACCUAGAUUUACAUGAUCAUCUCAAAAACGCUCUCUCACCUUGCUUUCAUUGUUAUCAAGAAUCCAUGAUGAAUAUUAUUCAUUUUAGAUCUCUAUGAUACAUUAGUUUAUCAAUUCCACAUAGCGCCAGUAAAUUCUCUGUAAUUCAUCGACCUUUAUUUUCGCAUCAUUCUUGUUGGAAACUUUCAGUUGGCUCACAGUCUGCUUUCAGCAUAGCUAAGCAGUAGAUGUACUUGCUAUUUAUGUAUUUUUGAGGCUAAACUUGUAAUCUACUGACACUUUCUGUCUCCUUUAUUCGAUUUAUUUGUGAUAACAUGAUCAUAUUCCAUAUUCUU